AUGGGCUUCGCGAGACAAAUCCAGCUUUUGCUCUGGAAGAACUGGACCCUCCGGAAAAGGCAAAAGGCCAUUUUCCCAAAAAGGCGAUGCCCUCAGCAGGUUUUUGGAAUUUUCUGCAAUGUGAACAAUCCUUGUUUUCAGAGUCCCACCCCGGGGGAAUCUCCUGGGAUUGUGUCAAACUAUAACAACUCCAUCUUGGCAAGAGUAUAUCGAGAUUUUCAGGAACUCCUCAUGAAUGCACCAGAGAGCCAGCACCUUGGCCAUGUUUGGACAGAGCUCCGCACCUUGUCUCAACUCAUGGACACCCUCCGGACUCACCCUAAGAGAAUUGCAGGAAAAGGAAUACGAAUCCUGGAUGUCCUAAAAGAUGAAGAAACACUGACACUAUUUCUCAUGAAAAACAUUGGCCUGUCUGACUCAGUUGUCCACCUUCUGGUCAACUCCCAGGUCCGACCAGAGCAGGCAGGCUUCCAGUGUCGCUUCUCCUUCUUGCAGUUUGCUCAUGGAGUCCCAGACCUGGUGCUGAAGGACAUCGCCUGCAGUGAGGCCCUCCUGGAGCGCUUCAUAAUCUUCAGCCAGAGACGUGGAGCACAGACAGUACGUGAUGCCAUGUGCUCCCUCUCCCAGGGCACCUUACAGUGGGUGGAAGACACUCUGUAUGCCAACGUGGACUUCUUCAAGCUCUUCCGUGUGCUUCCUACACUCCUAGACAGCAGUUCCCAAGGUAUCAAUCUGCGAUCCUGGGGAAAAAUAUUAUCUGAUCUGUCACCAAGAAUUCAAGAGUUCAUCCAUCGACCGAGUGUUCAAGACUUGCUGUGGGUGACCAGGCCCCUCAUGCAGACUGGCGGUCCAGACACCUUCACACAGCUGGCGGGCAUCCUGUCUGACCUCUUAUGCGGCUACCCAGAAGGAGGAGGCUCUCGGGUGUUCUCCUUCAACUGGUAUGAAGACAAUAACUAUAAGGCCUUCCUGGGGAUUGACUCCAUGAGGAAAGAUCCUGUCUAUUCUUAUGACAAAAGAACAACGACCUUUUGUAAUGCAUUGAUCCAGAGCCUGGAGUCCAACCCUCUAACCAAAAUAGCAUGGAGGGCAGCAAAGCCUCUGUUAAUGGGAAAAAUCCUCUUUACUCCGGAUUCCCCAGCAGCACGCAGUAUACUGAAAAAUGCCAACUCAACUUUUGAAGAGCUGGAGCGUGUUAGGAAGUUGGUCAAAGCCUGGGAAGAAGUGGGGCCCCAGAUCUGGUACUUCUUUGACAAGAGCACACAGAUGACCACGAUCCGAGACACCCUGGCAAACCCAAUAGUAAAAGGCUUUUUGAAUAAGCAGUUUGGUGAAGAAGGUAUUACUGCCGAAGCUGCGCUGAACUUCCUGUAUAAGGGUCCUCGAGAGAGCCAAGCUGACGACAUGGCCAACUUCGACUGGAGAGACAUAUUUAACUUCACUGAUCAUGCCCUAGGCCUGGCUAAUCGAUUCCUAGAGUGCUUGAUCCUGGACAAGUUUGAAAGCUACGAUGAUGAAAUCCAGCUCACACAACGAGCCCUGUCUCUGCUGGAGGAAAACAGGUUCUGGGCUGGUGUGGUGUUCCCUGACAUGUACCCCUGGACCAGCUCCCUACCACCGCACGUGAAGUACAAGAUCCGAAUGGAUAUAGAUGUGGUGGAGAAAACCAACAAGAUCAAAGACAGGUACUGGGAUUCUGGUCCCCGAGCUGAUCCCGUGGAAGAUUUCCGAUACAUCUGGGGAGGAUUUGCCUAUCUGCAGGACAUGGUUGAACAGGGGAUCACGAAGAGUCAGGUUGGGGCCGAGGUUCCGGUUGGAAUCUACCUCCAGCAGAUGCCUUACCCUUGCUUCGUGGAUGACUCUUUUAUGAUCAUCCUGAACAGCUUCUCUGUCUUCAUGGUGCUGGCCUGGAUCUACUCAGUCUCCAUGACUGUAAAGAGCAUCGUCUUAGAGAAGGAGUUGAGACUGAAGGAGACUUUGAAAAAUCAGGGUGUCUCCAACACAGUGAUUUGGUGUACUUGGUUCCUGGACAGCUUCUCUAUCAUGUCAAUGAGCAUCUUCCUCCUGACAAUAUUCAUCAUGCAUGGGAGGAUCCUACAUUAUAGCAACCCAUUCAUCCUCUUCCUGUUCCUGUUGGCUUUCUCCACCGCUACGAUCAUGCAGUGCUUCCUGCUCAGCACCUUCUUCUCCAGAGCCAGCCUGGCAGCAGCCUGCAGUGGUGUCAUCUACUUCACCCUUUACCUGCCUCACAUUCUCUGCUUCGCCUGGCAGGACCGAAUGACGGCCGAUCUCAAGAUGGCUGUGAGCCUGCUGUCUCCUGUGGCAUUUGGGUUUGGCACUGAGUACCUGGCUCGCUUUGAGGAGCAAGGCCUGGGGCUGCAGUGGAGCAAUAUUGGGAAUAGUCCCAUGGAAGGGGAUGAAUUCAGUUUCCUGAUGUCCAUGAAGAUGAUGCUUCUCGAUGCUGCUCUGUAUGGCUUUCUUGCCUGGUACCUUGACCAGGUGUUUCCAGGGGACUAUGGAACCCCACUUCCUUGGUAUUUCCUACUCCAAGAGUCCUAUUGGCUUGGCGGCGAAGGGUGUUCAACCAGACAAGAAAGGGCCCUGGAAAAGACGGAACCCAUAACAGAGGAAAUGGAGGACCCGGAACACCCGGAAGGAAUAUAUGACUCCUUCUUUGAACGUGAGCUUCCAGGCUCGGUUCCUGGGGUAUGUGUGAAGAAUCUGGUAAAGGUUUUUGAGCCCUACGGCAGGCCAGCUGUGGACCGUCUUAACAUUACCUUCUAUGAGAACCAGAUCACCGCAUUCCUUGGUCACAACGGAGCAGGGAAAACCACCACCUUGUCCAUCCUGACGGGUCUAUUGCCGCCGACAUCGGGGACCGUGCUCAUUGGGGGAAAGGACAUUGAAACCAGCCUGGAUGCAGUACGGCAGAGCCUCGGCCUGUGUCCCCAGCACAACAUCUUGUUCCACCACCUCACAGUGGCUGAACACAUCCUGUUCUAUGCCCAGCUGAAAGGGAAGUCCUGGGACGAGGCCCAGCUAGAGAUGGAAGCCAUGUUGGAAGACACAGGCCUCCAUCACAAGAGGAAUGAAGAAGCUCAGGAUCUAUCAGGUGGCAUGCAGAGGAAGCUGUCCGUUGCCAUUGCCUUCGUGGGAGAUGCCAAAGUGGUUGUUUUGGAUGAGCCUACCUCUGGGGUGGACCCUUAUUCAAGACGCUCGAUCUGGGACCUGCUCCUGAAGUAUCGCUCAGGCAGGACCAUCAUCAUGUCCACUCAUCACAUGGACGAGGCCGAUCUCCUUGGGGACCGCAUCGCCAUAAUUUCCCAGGGAAGGCUCUACUGCGCAGGCACCCCACUCUUCCUGAAGAAUUGUUUUGGCACGGGCUUCUACUUAACCUUGGUGCGCAAAAUGAAAAACAUCCAGAGCCAGAAAACAGGCUGCAAGGGGACCUGCAGCUGUGCAUCUAAGGAUUCCUCCAUCAGGUGUCCAGCCCAUGUAGAUGAGAUAACUCCAGAACAAGUCUUGGACGGGGAUGUGAAUGAGCUGAUGGAUGUGGUUCAUCACCAUGUUCCAGAGGCAAAGCUGGUAGAAUGCAUUGGUCAGGAACUGAUCUUCCUCCUUCCGAAUAAGAAUUUCAAGCAGAGGGCAUAUGCCAACCUUUUUAGAGAGCUGGAGGAGACACUGGCUGAACUGGGGCUCAGCAGCUUUGGAAUUUCUGACACUCCCCUGGAAGAGAUAUUUCUGAAAGUCACAGAGGAUUCUGAUUCAGGACCUCUGUUUACAGGCAGCACUCAGCAGAAAAGAGAAACCAUCAGCCUACGAAACCCCUACCUGGGUUCUAGUAAGGGCUACUCUGCAGAUCCUGCCCAGGGCCAGCCUUCCCCAGAGCCAAAGCAGCAGGGCGGCCGCCUGAACACAGGAGCCCAGCUCAUCUUCCAGCACGUGCAGGCACUGCUGGUCAAGCGAUUCCACCAUGCUCUCCGCAGCCACAAGGACUUCCUGGCCCAGAUCGUGCUCCCAGCGACUUUUGUGUUUCUGGCUCUGAUGCUUUCCAUCAUCGUCCCGCCGUUUGGUGAAUACCCUGCUUUGACCCUUCACCCCUGGAUGUAUGGGCAGCAGUACACCUUCUUCAGCAUGGACCAGCCAGGCAGUGAGCGGCUCACAGCACUUGCAGAUGUCCUCCUGAACAAGCCAGGCUUUGGCAACCGCUGCCUAAAGGAAGAGUGGCUUCCGGAGUACCCCUGUGGCAAUUCCACCCCCUGGAAGACACCCUCUGUGUCCCCAAACGUCACCCACGUGUUCCAGAAGCAGAAGUGGACGCCAGAGCACCCCUCGCCUUCCUGCAGGUGCAGCACCAGAGAGAAGCUCACUAUGCUCCCCGAGUGCCCGGAGGGCGCAGGGGGGCUCCCACCCCCGCAGAGAGUACAGCGAAGCACUGAAAUUCUCCAAGACCUUACAGACAGGAAUAUCUCUGACUUCUUGGUAAAAACAUAUCCCGCUCUUAUACGCAGCAGCUUAAAGAGCAAAUUCUGGGUCAAUGAACAGAGGUACGGAGGAAUUUCCAUCGGAGGAAAGCUGCCAGUUCUCCCCAUCACUGGGGAAGCACUUGUUGGAUUUUUAAGCGACCUUGGCCAGAUAAUGAAUGUUAGCGGGGGCCCUAUUACAAGAGAGGCAUCUAAAGAAAUGUCUGCUUUCCUCCAACAUCUAGAAACUGAAGACAACGUUAAGGUGUGGUUUAACAACAAGGGCUGGCAUGCUAUGGUCAGCUUUCUCAACGUGGCCCACAACGCCAUCUUACGGGCCAGCCUACCCCAGGACAGGAACCCCGAGGAGUAUGGCAUCACCGUCAUAAGCCAGCCCCUGAACCUGACCAAGGAGCAGCUCUCAGAGAUUACAGUGCUGAAAACUUCGGUGGAUGCUGUGGUUGCCAUCUGUGUGAUUUUCGCCAUGUCCUUCGUCCCAGCCAGCUUUGUCCUUUAUUUAAUCCAGGAGAGAGUGAACAAAGCCAAGCAUCUCCAGUUUGUCAGCGGAGUGAGCCCUAUCACCUACUGGUUGACCAACUUUCUCUGGGACAUUGUGAAUUAUGCUGUGAGUGCUGCCCUGGUGGUGGGCAUCUUCAUCGGAUUUCAGAAGAAAGCCUACACUUCUCCAAACAAUCUUCCUGCCCUUGUUGCACUGCUCAUGCUGUACGGAUGGGCAAUCAUUCCCAUGAUGUACCCAGCAUCCUUCCUGUUUGAUGUCCCCAGCACUGCCUAUGUGGCCUUGUCUUGUGCUAAUCUGUUCAUCGGCAUCAACAGCAGUGCCAUCACCUUCAUUUUAGAAUUAUUUGAGAAUAACCGGACGCUGCUCGGGUUCAAUGCCAUGCUGAGAAAGCUGCUCAUUAUCUUUCCCCACUUCUGCCUGGGCCGGGGCCUCAUUGACCUGGCGCUGAGCCAGGCUGUGACAGAUGUCUAUGCUCGGUUUGGUGAGGAACACUCUUCAAAUCCGUUCCAGUGGGACCUGAUUGGGAAGAACCUGGUUGCCAUGGCAGCAGAAGGGGUGAUAUACUUCCUCCUGACCCUCCUCGCCCAGCACCACUUCUUCCUUACCCAAUGGUAUGCCGAGCCCACGAAGGAGCCCAUCGUUGAUGAGGAUGAUGAUGUGGCUGAAGAAAGACAAAGAAUUAUUAGUGGAGGAAGUAAAACUGAUAUCUUGAGUCUAAAUGAACUAACCAAGAUCUAUUCAGGCACCUCCAGCCCAGCGGUGGACAGGCUGUGUGUGGGAGUUCGUCCUGGAGAGUGCUUUGGCCUCCUGGGAGUUAACGGAGCUGGCAAAACAACCACUUUCAAGAUGCUCACUGGGGACACCACAGUAACAUCAGGUGAUGCCACUGUAGCAGGCAAGAGUAUUUUAACCAAUAUUUCUGAAGUUCAUCAAAGUAUGGGCUACUGUCCUCAAUUUGAUGCAAUUGAUGACCUGCUCACGGGGCGAGAACAUCUUUACCUUUAUGCCCGGCUUCGAGGUGUACCAGCAGAGGAAAUCGAGAGGGUGGCAAACUGGAGUAUUCAGAGCCUGGGCCUCUCUCUCUAUGCGGACCGCCUGGCAGGCACCUACAGCGGGGGCAACAAGCGGAAACUCUCCACAGCCAUUGCCCUGAUCGGCUGCCCGCCGCUGGUGCUGCUGGAUGAGCCCACCACAGGCAUGGACCCCCAAGCACGCCGCAUGCUAUGGAACACCAUCAUGAGCAUCAUUAGAGAAGGGAAGGCUGUGGUCCUCACAUCCCACAGUAUGGAAGAAUGUGAGGCCCUGUGUACCCGGCUGGCUAUCAUGGUGAAGGGCACAUUUCAGUGUCUGGGCACAAUUCAGCACCUCAAGUACAAGUUUGGAGAUGGCUACAUCGUCACAAUGAAAAUCAAAUCCCCAAAAGACGACUUGCUCCCUGAUCUGAACCCCGUGGAGCAGUUCUUCGAGGGGAACUUCCCCGGCAGCGUGCAGAGAGAGAGGCACUACAACAUGCUCCAGUUCCAGGUCUCCUCCUCCUCCCUAGCCAGGAUCUUCCGGCUGCUCGUCUCCCACAAGGACAGUCUACUCAUUGAGGAGUACUCGGUCACACAGACCACGCUGGACCAGGUAUUUGUGAACUUUGCUAAACAGCAGACUGAAAUUCACGACCUCCCUCUGCACCCCCGAGCUGCUGGAGCCAGCCGACAAGCCAAGAUCUGAUCUCCUUCCAUACUGGUCAUUUGCUGCAGCCGGAAAGGAACUCCAGGCAGCUGGAAGCGCAGGAGCUUUUGCCAUGUGGUCUUCUGAUCUGACUAGACAGCAUAAGUAAGGCCUCCGCAGCAGAAACAAACACAUGUGGGGCACACAGAAAACUCCAAAGGAACCUUUUUCAGAAAGAAACCAAAACUGACUGGCUUACCUGGGACACCUGAUGGCAAAACUGACCCAGCCAAAAGGAGUCAAAACUCUUUUCAUCCAGACCAAGAAGUAGAAAUCCUGGUCCAUCCUACUAGUAACUUUGACCUCAAUAACACUCCCAUUUCAAGUGGAUAUUCUUUUCUCUGUGUGUAUGUGUGUAAUGUCUUAUUUUUAAGGAGAAAAUAAAAUGCGAACAUACUUAUCACAAACUA